AACUCCCUUCUUACCCAAUAGGACACAACGCAGUAGCUGCGUGUGUGGGGGAGACUGACUUGUGGCAAACUGUGUGACAGUACGUACUGUAGUCACCUGAAGUGUUAAUGCACCAGCCUGUAACUGUACCUGGACUGGACAUGUCCUUCCUGCGACAAGAGCCGGUCUUCAAGACCCCCAUGACUUUCAGCCCUCGGAACACGGGUCAAAGGGCGACCCCGUCCCGCCAGGAGCUUUGGAAGCAGGAGUUGGGGCUGGAUGCUCUGUCAGACGAGGAUGGACACCUGUCGAGUGACGAGGAGGGUAUGUUGGCGGGGGAGGGGGGCAGCUGUACCCUGGUGGAGUACCAGGCACUACAGAAGGAGCUCACGGAGCGAAACCAGCAGAGAGAUGACCUACUCUUUAAAGUCAAGUCAUUACAAGACAAGAACAAACAGUACAAGUCCCGUCUUGGCAAGGAGGAAGAGAACAAGAAGCAGCAGAUCAAGAUCAUGCGGAAGACACACGACCACAAUCUGCAGGAGAAACAGAACCUCAUCAACAAUCUGCAAGAUGUCAUUGAUGAGCAGGAGACACGGAUCUUCGAGAUGGAGGCAGAAAAGAGAGGUCAGACCGUUACUCGCACUAAGAAGCCGUCCUCAGGGAUCCAAAAGCUUGUGGAACAGAUAAACAGGCUACAGGUGGAGAGGGGCAGUCUACAGGAGCAGCUACUGACUACACAGCUCAACCUGGAGCAGGCUAAGUUGGAUGCUGCAGAGGGGCAGAAGUUCCUGCAGGAGAAACUACAAGACCAGGAGAAGAAACGGCAUCAGGCAGAGAAUGAUCUCAUCAGGAUGAGGAGUGAACAGGGUGCCACAGACCACGAGAAACAGGUCCAGAAAUUGGAGAUCGCAAACGAGAGGCUCCAGCGAGAGGUGAACGACCUGAGGAGUCGAGUUCACAACCUGAGUCUGGAGGAGAAGUCUCCCAGUAAGGUGGACAGGAGCGAGCUCACUAAACUAGAAACAGCCAAUGACAAGCUGCAGAAUAAGAUACUCCGCCUGGAGACUGAGCUCGCCAUCCAGGCCAAGAAAAUGGCAGAGACACGAGACCACCAGCAGAGCGGGAAGGACCGCGAGAUUCAGACGCUCGAGCGCCAGAUCCGCGAGAAAACUCUGGAGAUCAAUAAGCUGAAGGCCCAGCCUCCACAGAUCGUGAAGCAGACUGUAGAAGUUGAAUCACAACACAGCAAGCAGCACCUGGAACAGCUGAACAGACAGCUGCGACAGCUGCAGGCACAACUCGACACACAGAAGAGUGAGAACAGCAACCUCCAGGUGCAGCUUGGCAGCUGUAGGGAGGCGGAGAAGGCUGCCAUGGAAAAGCUGAACUCCUAUGAAGAUGAGAUGGAGGUUGUGAGGUCAGAGUUGACAGCAGAGGUCAGCCAGCUCAGACGGGCCAAUCAGAACGCUGUACAGCAGGCAAAGAAGGAGGUCGAGGUCAAGACAAAGACCCUGACAGGCAAGGUGACCUCCAUGCAGCAGUCCCUGUGUCAGGUGCGCCCUCUGGUGAGUGAACUGCUGAAGGACUACUCAGCACUGAAGAAGGAGGCACACAUGUUCCCCAUGAAGCUACAGGCUUCCGUCCGACAGGUGCAGAGGGAGAUCUGUAAGUCCAUCAGCGACAUCUCACAGACCAACCAGGACCUUGUGAGAAAAUACAGACAUGAGAUGAAGCUGCGGAAAAAGUAUCACAAUGAGUUGGUGGAACUGAAAGGAAAUAUCCGUGUGUUGUGUCGUGUCCGGCCCGUGAUCCGUGAGGAUGGGGAGGGGCCAUCGGCCCGACAGGUGGUGACCUUCGACCAGGAGGAUGACGGCAUUGUGAACUGCCUACACAAGGGCCGCUGGCAAACCUUCGAACUGGACAGAGUCUUCACACAGCAAUCCACACAGGAAGAGGUGUUCGAGGAAGUACGAUCGCUGGUGGUGUCCUGUCUGGACGGGUACAACAUCUGUAUCUUUGCCUAUGGGCAAACGGGCUCUGGCAAGACGUACACUAUGGAGGGUCCACCAUCUAGCCGUGGUAUCAACCAGCGCGCCCUUGGUGAGCUUUUCCAGAUCGUCGAGGAAGGCAACAAGGAUUGGAGCUACUCAAUAACUGUCAAUGUUAUUGAGAUCUAUAACGAGAUGGUCAGGGACCUUUUGGGAAGUGACCCCACGGAAAAGCUGGACAUCAAGCUUCACAACGAGGGUGGCCUGCACGUCCCCGGGCUGACCUACACACAGGUGGACUGUCUGGAUGAUGUAAACGAUGUGUUCCAGGUGGCCAUCAACAACAGGGCCACGGCUUGUACCAACAUGAAUGAACACAGCUCACGCUCACACGCACUGCUCAUUGUGACAGUGGAGGGCACUAAUAUAACUACAGGGGCCAAAAUCAUUGGUAAGCUGAACCUGGUGGAUCUGGCUGGUUCAGAACGUGUCCACAAGUCUCAGGCGGCAGGCGACCGUCUAAAGGAGGCACAGAACAUCAACAAGUCGCUGUCUGCCCUGGGUGACGUCAUCCACUCCCUGCGCAGCAAACAGCCUCACGUGCCCUACAGGAACUCCAAACUCACCUACCUGCUACAGGAGUCACUAGGUGGAGACAGCAAGACGCUUAUGGUUGUCCAGGUUGCCCCAGUCGAGAAGAAUGUCGCAGAAACGUUGGCCAGUCUGAACUUCGCGCAGCGCGUGAGAACCGUAGAACUCGGCCAGGCCACGCAGAAAACGGAGACAGCUGAGAUGGCCCAGCUGAAGGAGCGGCUCGGGCAGCUGGAACAGGACCCCACCUCGCCGUAUUUCCAGUCUCCUGGACGGAAUGGGCGCACACCCCGCGGAACACCCACCGGCACGACAUCGCGGUUACCCACCUCCAAGAGAAGGCUGUAGUCCUGGCGCCCUGAGCUGAUUGUCUACGCCCUACGCCCUACACGUCUUCUUCUAGAGGCAUAUCUUGUGGAUUUUCUUAUCGUGUAUAGUAAAUGUAUAUGAUGAUGAUGUAUAGUGAAAGGUCUGCAAUUUUGUCAUGUUCAGAUCCCAUCUGCUUUGUCUGUUGUUUCUCUGCCUCUCAUGACGGAGACUAAGGUAUUAAUGUUUUGUAGCACUGUGGAAUGCUGAUUUUGUAUUAACUAU